UCCGAUACCAACCCCCACUCCGUCAUGUCGGUUCAGAGAUUCCUCCAGCACCGCCGUUACUCUCGUAAUUCGCCGGAAAUAUACUUUCUCCACAAUUUCACUUCUUCAGAUUCUCACAAUAAACCCUCAAACCCUUCCGAUCACUACCGCUGUCACAACCAUAGGCACAACCGGUAUGUCCACUUUCUGAACUCGUUGUUACCAUCAAAGCCGCAAUUUGUUAUUCCGCACAGUGUUUCCUUCUGCCGUUCCUUCUCCACUGGCGACUCGCGAAUCGGUAGCAUCAGUGACGACUCAGUGGUUACUCAGUAUGAGAACACGGAUUUGUUGAUCAGCGAAAAUAUUAGUGCAGGUGUUGAGGAGUCCAUUCUUCCGGUACGUGCCUUGAUUUCGUUGUUGGAUGGCUAUCAUGACCUCACUGGCUUCCCAUGGUGGAUCAUUAUAGUUUCUUCAACAGUGGCUUUGAGGCUUACGUUAUUCCCAUUUGUAUUAUUGCAACUCCACAAGUUGAAGAGAAUUGGAGAGUUAUUUCCUAAAUUGCCUCCUCCACUGCCUCCGCCUAUGUCAGGAAGGAGUCUUAGAGACCAACUUAAAAUCUUUUUCAAGGAGAAACGAGCGGCAGGCUGUCCUUCAUUUUUUUGGUACUUCGCCUCUCUGACAGUUCAGGUGCCCUGCUUUCUUCUUUGGAUUACGACUAUUAGAAGAAUGUCACUGCAUCAUCAUGAAGGCUUUGAUUGUGGGGGCAUUCUUUGGUUCCAGAACUUGACCGAGAUCCCUAGUGGUGUUUUAGGGCCAGUCUUUCCAUUACUGAUUGCUGGAUUGCAUUAUAUCAACGUUCAGGUAUCUUUUCAGAAAUCUUCAGUUGAAAAAAUGAGUGGAUUCGUGGGAUUAAUAGCCAAGUUCUACAAGAAGUACUUGGAAGUCCUGACAUUACCCAUUUUAUUUAUUACAUUCAAUAUGCCCCAGGGGAGUUUAGUUUUUUGGCUUACCAAUAGUUCGAUGACUGUUAUUCAGCAACUAUCUCUAAACCAUCCAAAUGUUCGCAAGAAACUGGGGCUACCUCAGAAGGAUCCUCAAUUAGAAGCUGCACAUCAGAAAGAGUUGGGUAAUACUGGAGAAAUCAAAAUAGAUCCAUCAAAAAAUCAGAGCGAAAUAUCUGUCCAGAACCUAUCACCUCAUGAAUUGGUUAAUCUCUCGAUCAAACUCUUAGCAGGAGGACGUAAAGAUGAAGCUAUGUCCUUUCUACGACUUGCUAUCGCCAAGGAUCCUGAGAAUGUUCGAGCUUUGCUUAUUGUUGGCCAGACACUGUUGCAAGAUGGUUCCUUACCAGAAGCUACUGAAUACUUGGAACGUACCAUUGCUAAGCUUCUGCUAAAGGAGAAUCAAAUGGAAAUUGAAGAUGUAGAUCUGCUGAUUCUAUCAUCUCAAUGGGCAGGUGUUGCCUGUAUACGGCAGGGUAAGAUGGGAGAGGGACUUGCACACCUGGAACGCAUAGCCACAUUGAAAGAGCCAGACGACCCAAAGAGCAAGGCCCAUUACUAUGACGGAUUAGUACUACUGUCAAGUACGUUGAUCAAUGUUGGCCGCAAAAAUGAUGCAAUUAAUUAUCUGCAAAUGGCUACUGCUUAUGAUGAGUCUUACAAAGAAUUUCUGCAACAAUGUGAAAAUGAAGAGGAUGAUAUCACUAGCGACCUUGUCACUAGUAGGAGAGGAGAUUACUGAGCAUCAUUCUUGCUGCUAAGAAAUUUUCAUAGGUCAAAAGAUGUAAUAGGGUUUUUGUAGAGGCUAGAU